AAGGAUGUGUCUGAGUAUGAGGCUAUUCCAUUGUGGAGUGGUAGGCAAAAUGAGCUGAACGGCAGGAGCCUGUGGUAUAAGGAAGAGACACCAUUCCAUCCUCCAUACUUCCUGGGCAGCUCAAUAUUCCCACAGGACACAUUGUAGAGGGACUAGGCAAGGGCUCAGAAAGGUGGAUGAGCAUGUCCCAGCUCUACAGCAAGGUUUUUUUGGUUUUUGUUUAUCUUUUCAUCACAGGAUUUCUUUGUAUAGCCUUGGCUGUCCUGGAUUUUGCUCUGUAGACCAGGCUGGCCUCAGAGAUCCAUUUGCCUAUACCUCCUGAGUACUGUGUUUGAAGGCGUGAGCCACUACACCAAGUUAGUCCACAGCAGGUUUUAGGCAGGUGAGUGAGCAGAGCCUAGAUGAGUAGCUGAAGGCUUUCCCAAUGGAGGGAAGGCUUUGGCCUCAUCCCAGGCUCUCUAAACUGGAACACUGGAGCUCUUGUCCCUUGUCACCACAGACUUCAGUGAGCAGAGAUGGGAAAUCAAUCUAAACUGCCCUUUUUUCAGAGAAUAUUCUGGAUGACUACAGACUGAUCCCCUACAAAUCUGCCUCCCCCCUCCCAGUUCUGGUGACCAGAUUUCAUAGGGAACCAGAAACAGAGCAAAAUGUAGUUAACCCUCUGAUCGGGUGGUCAGCCUUGUGUGUUCCAGUGCUGGCACUGCUCCUGGUGUCCCCUGUCCCCUGUGCUCCCCUCCCUGUCUCUGUAUAGUGCUGGUGUGCAUACUCCCAAGGCCUGUGGCCUUUCACAGCAUGAAGUACAAGAUUGGGACGCCACGACUCGCCCACCUUACAGCAUUUUACACAGUCACAGGAACCAGCUUGCCGAAACUUCGCAAGGCGGAACUUUAGUCUCACAUGUCCUAUAGCUGCAGAGGAACGUUUCACCUAAAGGACCGUCUGGUUUCAACAACUUGAUGGCUCCCGGAAGUGCUUCCUUUCCCCUCCCCAGCCUCACCCCCUUGUGAUGCGGUUGGAGCUAUGGCGGCAGCGGCAGCUGUGGGGCCCGGGCCCGGGGACUCCCCAGAAGGACCCGAGGCGGACGCUCCGGAGCGUCGGCGGAAGGCUCACGGGAUGCUGAAGCUUUACUACGGCCUCUCGGAAGGGGAGGCGGCGGGACACUCCGCGGGGCCUGACCCUCUAGACCCGACAGAUCUCAAUGGGGCGCACUUCGACCCGGAAGUUUAUCUGGACAAGCUGCGUAGAGAGUGUCCUCUGGCCCAGCUGAUGGACAGUGAGACGGACAUGGUGCGGCAGAUCCGGGCUCUAGACAGCGACAUGCAGACCCUGGUCUAUGAGAACUACAACAAGUUCAUCUCAGCUACAGACACCAUUCGGAAAAUGAAGAAUGAUUUCCGGAAGAUGGAAGACGAGAUGGACCGGCUGGCUACCAACAUGGCAGUGAUCACCAACUUCAGUGCACGCAUCAGUGCCACGCUGCAGGACCGACACGAGCGCAUCACCAAGCUAGCAGGGGUGCAUGCUCUGCUGCGGAAGCUGCAGUUCCUUUUUGAGCUGCCUUCGCGCCUCACCAAGUGCGUGGAGCUGGGUGCCUAUGGGCAGGCUGUGCGCUACCAGGGUCGCGCCAGGGCGGUGCUGCAACAGUACCAGCACCUGCCCUCUUUCCGCGCCAUCCAGGAUGACUGCCAGGUCAUCACAGCCCGCUUGGCCCAGCAGCUGCGGCAGCGUUUCAGGGAAGGUUGCUCGGGUGCCCCAGAGCAGGCCGAGUGUGUGGAGCUGCUGCUGGCCCUGGGUGAGCCGGCCGAGGAGCUGUGCGAGGAGUUCCUGGCACAUGCCCGGGGGCGGCUGGAGGAAGAACUGAGCAGCCUGGAGGCUGAGCUGGGGCCCUCCCCACCAGCGCCCGACGUGUUAGAGUUCACCGACCGUGGCGGCAGUGGCUUCGUGGGUGGCCUCUGCCAGGUGGCAGCAGCCUACCAGGAGCUGUUUGCCGCUCAGGGCCCUACUGGUGCAGAGAAGCUGGCAGCCUUCGCACGGGAGUUGGGCGGCCGCUAUUUUGUACUGGUGGAGCGGCGGCUGGCACAGGAGCAGGGUGGCAGUGAUAACUCUCUGCUGGUACGGGCCUUAGAUCGCUUCCACCGGCGCCUGCUGGCCCCUGGGGCCCUGUUAGCCGCUGCUGGGCUUUCAGAGUCGGCCACGGAGAUCGUGGAGCGAGUGGCCCGAGAGCGUCUGAGCCACCAUCUGCAGGGUUUGAGGGCUGCCUUCCUGAGCUGCCUGACGGAUGUUCGCCAGGCCCUGGCGGCACCUCGCCUGGCUGGGAAGGAGGGCCCCAGCCUGGCUGAGUUGCUGGCCAAUGUGGCCAGCUCCAUUCUGAGCCACAUCAAGGCCUCUCUGGCCUCUGUGCAUCUUUUUACCGCCAAGGAGGUGUCCUUCUCCAACAAGCCCUACUUCCGGGGCAAGUUCUGCAGCCAGGGAGUCCGUGAGGGCCUCAUCGUGGGUUUCAUCCGCUCAAUGUGCCAGACAGCCCAGAGCUUCUGUGACAGCCCUGGAGAAAAGGGAGGUGCCACACCACCGGCCCUGCUUCUGCUGCUCUCACGCCUCUGCCUGGAUUACGAGACGGCCACCAUCUCCUACAUCCUCACACUCACUGAUGAACAGUUUCUGGUGCAGGAUCAGUCUCCAGUUACACCUGUGAGCACACUGUGUGCAGAGGCCAGAGAGACGGCUCGGCGACUGCUGACCCACUAUGUGAAGGUGCAGGGUCUAGUCAUCUCACAGAUGCUACGCAAGAGUGUGGAGACGCGGGACUGGCUCAGUACUCUGGAGCCCCGGAACGUGCGUGCUGUCAUGAAGCGUGUGGUAGAGGACACUACAGCUAUUGAUGUGCAGGUGGGGCUCCUGUAUGAAGAGGGUGUCCGCAAAGCCCAGAGCAGCGAUUCCAGCAAAAGGACCUUCUCUGUAUACAGCAGCUCACGGCAGCAGGGCCGCUAUGCGCCCAGCUACACACCCAGUGCUCCGAUGGACACAAACCUCUUGAGCAAUAUUCAGAAGCUGUUCUCUGAACGCAUCGAUGUGUUCAGCCCUGUGGAAUUCAACAAGGUGUCGGUGCUGACUGGCAUCAUUAAGAUUAGCCUGAAGACGCUCCUGGAGUGUGUGCGGCUGCGUACCUUUGGGCGCUUCGGGCUGCAGCAGGUGCAGGUGGACUGCCACUUCCUGCAACUCUACCUGUGGCGCUUUGUGGCUGAUGAGGAGCUAGUGCACCUGCUGCUAGACGAAGUGGUAGCCUCAGCUGCCCUGCGCUGCCCAGACCCAGUGCCCAUGGAACCCAGUGUUGUCGAGGUCAUCUGUGAGCGCGGCUAGGCCCUGCCGAAGCCGUCACGGGGCAGCCCCAUCGCCCUAUCCUGUCCUCACAGUGCCCUGUCCUCACCCCGCUGGCGGGUGUCUGGACCCGUUUAAUAAACCUGUGUGGCCUCCUCC